AAUUAAUUGAAAUUUCACUGAACCAGAGUCCAUCAAUGGCGAAAAACGCUUCUUCUUCUUCAUCGUCCUCUAUGCAGAAGAUCAACCGCGAAGACGAUGAAUUGAUAUUAGACGGAUCCGAAUCGGGCUGGGUCGAGGCCCGAACACACUGCGACCAUUUGGAUUCAUUGUCGCCCGAUCUGAUUCACAUCCCAACACCCAACACAUCUUGCAGCAGGUGUGAACAUCCAAAGGAGAAUUGGUUGUGCUUGUGCUGUAAAGAAGUUCUGUGCAGCCGUUUUGUGAACAAGCACAUGCUACAGCAUUAUCAACACCAACAACAUAACUUGGCUCUUAGCUACAGUGAUCUUUCGGUGUGGUGUUUCUCAUGUGAUGCUUAUCUCGAUGUUCAAGCGAUUGUGCCUCUGCGCCCUGCUUAUGAAACUGCGUAUUUAUUAAAAUUUGGUCAACCGCCUCCAUUUCGAUCGAUGGACUGAUUCAACCUGUUCUAUGAAUUUUUACGGUCUUUUUUUUUUUUUAAUGUAUGGUGGACAAAGUUGCAUAUGAAUAUAACCUUUGCCGAUUGUUUUGGUAUUUUGGUAA